AAUGUCACUAUUUUAGGUUAUAUCUAUUUUGCAUUUCGUCUUACUUGGUUGGAUUUAUUUAUUUAUCAUACAAAUAAGGUAGCAAUGGUAUUUCUCACUAUUACAAAUUUAAUCCGGGUCCGAGGCCCAGAUGAAUUUUGGCGAAAAAGAAGGAUUUUUAGACUAGCUGCUCAUUACAUCGGUCGUCGCAGAAACUGUUAUUCCGUCACUGUGCGUAAUGUACACCGAGCGCUAGCAUACGCGACUAAGGCCCGGGAGCUGAAGAAGCAAGAUAUGAAGGAUUUGUGGAACACAAGGAUCACUGCAGCGUGUGAGCAGCACAACAUUACACAGUUUCAGCUUAAAGAGGGUCUCGACCGGGCCAACAUAAUGUUGGACCGCAAGUCACUCUCCAAUUUGGCCUCCUGGGAACCGCGAACUUUUGAAUCGCUAGCUGCUGUGGCUAAGGAGAAGUUACGCCUUGACGGAUUUGUGGACACGGUUGACAAACAAUACCCAACUGGUAUCAACCUAAACCUGAAGGAUGUCAUGUUAGAGCAAUGGUUGAAAGAAAAAAAGUGAAUUGUUUAUAUGUAUUUAAUCUAAAUUCUAUUUAUAAGUGUUUCAUUAGGAAAUAAACAAAAUUAGGUUAAC